GAAGAAAACGUCAAACAAAAAAAUAGAAGCCGCCAACGACUAUUAAACACAAGGCAGAGAAGAAGACUCCGUCAGUUGUCGGAAUUCCCGUUAAGCAGUUUCCUGUGCAAUUCCCAAAUACAGCAAGCAGAGUCCAGUCGAAUUGAAUAGACCAGGUCGAGUCUCCGUGCCUACGCGGGGGAGGGAAGGGAAAGAGAACGUAGGUAAUGAAUAAAGGAUGGAUCUCACCCUCAGACAUAAAUAGGUACACAAAACAUGAGGCGUGGGAAGAAGAGAUGUUGGGCACAGAACAGAGGCGUUCAUUGGGGAGAUCUCGAAGCAGGAGAUGGCGGCAAGGGCAGGAGGGAACAGUCAUGUUGGUCAUGAUAGGGGUGGCUCUUGCCUCUCUUGCAUGGCUGGCGCUUGUCUUUUCCCCCUCUAAUAAUCCCUGCUGGCAUGCCCUUUCUCGCUGGCAAGCCAGAGAGUCUCUGCCCUUCCUGGUCCAUGAUCACAAUGACACUGUGGAGUUGCCCUUGCGCAAUAUCACCAAGGAGCUUUCGGUGAAGGACAUCGUAUUUGGCAUAGCGGGCUCGGCAAAAUUGUGGCGGAAGCGGCAGGAAUUCGUAAAGCUUUGGUGGAAAGCAGAGGAGAUGCGGGGGUUUCUGUGGUUGGAGGAGGCUGUGAAGGACAGUUAUCAAUCAUCAUCUUCAUCGUUGCCGGAUGUGAGGAUAUCGGCUGAUAUAUCAAGGUUCCGCUACACAAACCCGAAGGGCCAUCCCUCUGGCCUCCGAAUAGCCAGGAUUGUUCAGGAGACCUUUCAGAUUGGUUUGCCCAAUGUGAAAUGGUUCGUGUUAGGGGAUGAUGAUACCAUUUUUAAUAUUCAUAAUCUGGUCAGCGUGCUUAAAAAGUAUGACCCUUCGGAGAUGCACUAUAUUGGAGGCCCUUCCGAGAGCCAUUCUGCCAACACAUAUUUCAGUCAUUCCAUGGCAUUUGGAGGAGGAGGGAUUGCAAUCAGCUAUCCGUUGGCAGAGGAGUUGACCCAAAUCAUGGAUGAAUGUCUGGAGCGCUAUCCUCAGCUCUUCGGCAGUGAUGAUCGCCUCCAUGCUUGCAUUUCCGAGAUUGGUGUUCCUCUUACCACAGAGCCUGGUUUCCAUCAGUGGGACAUCCGAGGAAAUGCAUUUGGGCUUCUAGCUGCUCAUCCAACUGCACCUUUUGUUUCGUUGCAUCAUGUGGAGGCUGUAAAUCCAGUUUUUCCACAGCAAAAUUCACUCGAUGGACUCAGGCACCUCACAAAUGCCAUGAAGAUUGAGCCCACUAGUUUUUUGCAGCGAUCUUUUUGUUAUGAUCAAAAGAGGAAGCUUUCUUUUUCAGUGUCCAUGGGUUAUGUGGUACAAGUUUUCCCCAAGAUAGUAUAUCCUCGAGUGCUGGAUCGUCCUGAACUUACAUUCAAGGCAUGGAACAAGAAGGAGUACGCUUCAGAAUUUGACUUUGACACUAGACGUCCAUACAAGUCAUCUUGCAGGAAGCCAUUCCUCUUCUUCUUAGAAGAUGUACACAGAAAUGAAGCAAACAUGGUUGUCAGCACUUAUAGGCGAGAUGAAGCCACAGAUGAUAUGAAGAGAAGGGCUUUUUGCUUUUCAUGGGCUCUCCCGCCCCAUAAAGUACAACAGAUUCAAGUCAUCAGCAAGCCCAUGAAUGAAAAUUGGCAUUUGGUGCCAAGAAGGCAGUGCUGCAAAUUGGAAGAAACUAAGAAUAAAGUCCUUGGGAUAUCUGUUAUGCCUUGUGAUCAACAAGAUAGCAGCUAUGUUUGAUGUUCUGUUUGAAUCAACAUUAUUUGAGUCUGUUGGUUAAAUUGCAGGCAUGAUUCACCUGUUCUGCAUGCCUCUGGAGCUUUAGCAAAAUGAAAAUUUGAUGACAAGGCCAAUGAGUUGAUUUCUUGAUUGAGCAAUCUUAAGAUUUUUCCAGAUUUUGUUGAAUUGAUCAGGGCAAUUUUCAGAGGGGUAUUUGCAUAGUGCAAUAGAUUACAUUUUUUGAUUAUUUCUCCCAUCAUGGAUGCUAUGUAGUUUAUCACACUGGAGCAUCCUCCAAUAUUGUAGUUAUUUCUGCAAACAUGGCUCCUUGUAAAGAUUUAUCUAUUAACUUGAGAUGACCAAUUUUGUGCACAAUUUGUACAUCUUGUCUGACCUGAUUCUUUCCUUCCCUUUAGUUUGGGAAGCGCCUACCAAUGGUAAUAAAGUUUAUUUCUUUGGGAAGGCAAACAAAUGUAAUCUUAAGGAUACAAUUAUAAAUCAAAUCUACUCAUGAAGAGUGUUAAAUGA